CGUUUUUUCAUUGUAUAUCAAUCUCCACAAAAUGAUAUCAAUUGCCAAAAUGCUACAUUGAUGUGAUCGAGCUAAAGCCAAAGACAUAUGUUAAAAUUAUGAGAAAAAUGAUUCAGCGAGUGAGCAAACUAGGUCGUACUAUAGCCGCACAAUGUCAGCCUUGUUUCACUGGUUCAAUUAUGUUUUAUUGAAUAUACCUUUGAUAUUAGAUCAACGAUAGGUAUACUUAUUUAUGAUAUUUUACCUUUUUUUCAUGUUGCUUACAAUGCGCGUCGCACUAGCGAUCCUACUUGCCGUCGUAUAGGUCUCCGAUUCUGCGUAUGUGCCACUUAUAUCUUGAGAAAGUACUUGAUUGACUUAUGUAUGUUUAGUAUGUAAAUAACACAGACGUCCAAUGUCAAUUCAAUGGCUCCAAAAUGUUAGCUAGCUUGAAGGUUACAUUUUUACGCUGCUUUUACAAUAGAUAUGUAGAAAUCGUCUAUUACAAGGUCAACUCGCCUGAAACGGAGACAGGCUCAGUUAACGCGUAAAGUUUAAUCGACAUUUCCCGCGUCGUGUAGAGCCGCCCGGCUUGUGAGUCCACACAUUGGCUGCACGAAAGAUCAAAUGACGACAAGAAUGCAUCCAUCCAUUCAAAACAAUUUUGCCGCAUACAUCAUAUGUGCGUUCGAAAACGUUGUUUCUAACGCUGGUGAAUAUUUGGCUUCUGAUAGUCGUUCUCUAUUGGUUGCUUGAGUCUGGCAUAGCAGUCGUAGUAGCGCACAUUGUCACAGUGGGAAAUAGUUGUGCGUUAUUUCAAAUGAGAGACAUCGUAGCGAUUGUCGUGUGAUGGAAAUUUCGCGCUGGACUUGAGCUGACAGUACUGGAGUUAUGUGUGCCUUUGACGUACAUACUAGCUAGCUUCGUCUGGAUGGGCAGCUGUAUAAGUGUACAGCUCUGUCUUUUGUCUUUGUCACAUUACAACUAGGUGGAUUCGAGUUGUACAACAGGCGCCAGGAUGCGACCUCCAGAGCAACCGGACAAUGGAACAGCUGCAAUGGCAGUUGCUGAGACUGCGAACUCACUGAGUAAUGGGCACUCUUCCCAUUAUGCUCUCAGUGAUCAGAGGCCGACAGCUCUGCCCGUCAUCCAACGCAAAUGGGAUAUAGUACGGCACAUCAGAUCCAGGCCGACGUCUAUUAUCGUCUCGCAGACGGCAUCAGGCAAGACAACAGAGAUUCCGAAGUUCCUUUACGAGAGUGGUUUUUGCAGCAAACAUCAAGACGGCGCAGGGAUCUGCAUAACCCAACCGCGCAGAGUAGCGGCUACCAGCGUGGCACGGUAUGUGGCCAGAAUGAUGAGGUGUCAGCUGGGUACCCGGGUCGGCUAUUCUGUACGAUUCGACGAUAUGUCGUCGCCGGCGACACGAAUCAAAUACGUCACCGACGGUAUGCUACUGAGGGAAAUUGUGGAUGAUCCACAGCUAACAAAGUACUCGGUUGUAAUUUUAGACGAAGCCCACGAACGCACUAUUAACAAUGAUGUCCUAUGCUCUUUACUGCGCGACCUCCAAAAGAAACGGCAGGGAAUGGGUCGGCCUCUUAAGAUAGUUAUUAUGUCGGCCACCGUCAAUCCAGAGGUAUACUUGAAAUUUUUUGAGAUAGGCUUUGACUGCGUCAUCUCUCUUCAGGGCCGACAACAUCAAGUUGGAAUCAAUUACACAACAAGUGUUCAGGAUGAUUAUGUACAUGCGGCGCUAAUGACCGUACUCAAAAUUGUUCAAGAAAAGGAGGCAGGUGAUAUUCUGGUUUUCUGUACAGGCCAAGAAGAAAUAGAGUCGAUGGUACGAAGUGCAAAUGAGGUAGCUCAGGAACUUAGUCAAGACAUCAAAGCGAUGCCACUGUAUUCAGCGUUACCUCAAGCCAUUCAGGAACGUUGUCUGACACCAUCGCCACCGGGCGUGCGCAAAAUUAUAUUUGCAACGAAUAUUGCCGAAACAUCGAUCACCAUCCCGGGGGUCAAGUUUGUAGUUGAUACAUGCCGAGCGAAAUGCCGACAAUACAAUCCCGCCACAGGUAUGGAAUUGCUCCGCGUGGAGAAGAUUUCACAGGCACAGGCUUGGCAACGCUCGGGUCGAGCAGGUCGAGUUAGCGAUGGCGAAUGUUAUCGUCUGCUAACCACUGGCGAAUUUACAGCACUCAGGCCGUUUCCCAUCGCUGAAAUUCGACGAUGCGCUCUCUCCACUGUCAUUAUGAGUAUCCUUGCCCUUCGAAUCGAUAUACGUACCUUUGAUUGGCUAGAAAGUCCAGCAGAUGAAGCUAUCAAACAGGCGCUACACACGUUAAAACUUCUGGGGGCUACGGAAAUUGAGGAAGAAUCCGGUCAGGUCGCCCUUAACUCAUUGGGUUCAAUGAUGCGCCGCUUUCCUUUGGAGCCGACGUACAGUCGGUGCAUUUUCGGGGCGAAAAUGCUAACUUGUGUUGAACCCAUGGUGACGAUAGUUGCGGUGCUCAGCGCUGACGGUUCGCCUAUCGCGAGCAUUGGCGGUGCCGGCGCCGCUGCUGGAGAGGAUGAUGGUGCAGGAGGUAGUGGCGGUCACGGCACGGCGAUACGGCAGUUUGGCACAAACGAGGGUGACCUAAUUAUGUAUCUGAACAUGUACACCAAGUUCAAUCAAGUCGGCGGCAAUAAGGAGUGGUGCGACGCAAACGCUGUCAACCGGAAGACGUUGAAUAACGUAAAGAGUAUUCGCGAACAGUUGCGCAACGUCUGUGGUCAAAUGAGUUUAUCACUGUCAAAAUCGACGAAUGACAACAUCCGAAAAGCGCUCGUUACAGGUCUGUUCCGCAACGUGGCAUACCGCGUCAAGGCAAAUCAAUAUCGGGCACUCGAAUCGAAACGGGACGUCGUAAUACAUCCAUCGUCUUGUAUGUUUCGCCAAAAUCCCGAAGUUGUCAUCUUUACUGAGCUUGUUAAGACGACGAAGUGCUACAUACGAAAUGUGACCCCGAUUGAUCCAACAUGGUAUAACGAGCUAGCGCCCAAUGAGUACGCCCGGCGAUUUGUCAUUCCGUCAAGCGUAGAUCAAUGAACCUUGUCUAUUGUAACAAUCAAAAAUCUAUGUGAUACCCUCCACAUAUAUGAGAUGAAUACAUAGAGAUUUGUCGGAGUGGCGAAACAAGUCUCUAUAACGUGUAAACUGCCCACAGAUCGCAAGAACUGCAAUAUGAUGAGAACAGAUGAUGGCGUUUACGGGAAAGGGCGAAAUGGCCCCCUAGCGAAGCGCUCUACAACCGAUUCGCUGCAGUUUCUAAUAACGUCGACGUAAGAAAAGGGCUAAAAGUUUAAACUUAUCAUCCAUCUGUGUAAUAUAAUGUAUGUUCCAUGGGGAGAUACGUAUGAUUUCAAAACACUGCUACAAUAUCUGCAUUUUUUACUGGGCUUGCCCGCCAUUAUCUUUUUUUUGUCAUGUAUCAAAGAUACUGCAAUUAUUUUGGAUGUAUUCACUUCAGUAUAUCUGUAAAUACUUAUAUGAUUAUAGAGGAACUAGCAAAAUAACAAUAAUAAAUUUGUAUUUUUCAAUUUAACAAGUCUGUGCGUGUUUCUUUUUGUUAAUAACUAGAGAAUCAAUAAUAAUAUCAGUAGUAAAGUGUGGUUGAUUCAUCCCGGUACUGUUCCAGCGAACAGUAUAGUAAAUAUGCUUAGUCAUAACAUGCGCAAGAUAGUGUACUACCACUAAAUAUAAUAUGAAUUCAUUCAUAUCGGUUUCAUUGUUUAGAAUACCAUUACUAUAUGAAUCAAUACAAGUCAGCCUAUGUAGAUUGGCUUUUAUUCCGUUCGGUUGUCAAUAUCAACCCAUACAGUUUACACUUGUUCAUCGUAGUAAUGGAUAUUGGCAGUUUGCCGUGUCACCUGCUUUCUAAUGUCCUGCUAUCGCCUUCCGUCUUUAUUCACUCCUCAGCGCUACUUAUCUGAUAUUGUGAUAGCCGAAAUGGAUCAUACUACCAUGACACAUCAUUUUCUACUAUACCCAAAUCUAACGCAUAGUACAUCAAUACUUGCUCGUCGAAAAUUACUAACAAUAUCUGUUUCGUGUUUUUUUUAA